AUGUUCAAACCACACGCUUGGGGAAGGAAUACCUUCGUACUCCACAUUCUUUGUGAAGGUCAUUUCACCGGCCAUCCUGGCUACAAGAUGUUUGAUCCGAAACCGUUUCUUGCCAAAACUGGGCCCAUACCUCUCUAUCCUGGCCAUUCUCAUAGGCUCAGCUAUAUCUGUUUCUUUACAAGAAUGCAAUUUCCGGAUACAGUGGCAAGCAUAAUCGCUGAUAUAGCAGCUAGCCAAUGGACUACUUCAAACGGCUGUGCGAAAUUAUGGCUCUGCCAUGCCAUGCGUGAACUUGAGGCGUUCUUGGCUGCUAAUGAUCCUUUGCAUGAAUUUGGUGGGUUGUAUCGCGUCACCAUGAGUGAUGGACGAUGGAUAUGGAUUUGUACUGGUUGCAGUGAAAGAGCAUGA